AUGGACGGAUACCCAGCGGGAAGUCUGGACCACAAUGUCCCGUUUCUCGUAGCCGCCGGCCUCAACACUGAGACCAACGAGCUCCCACUGAAUGCCGAACUGAGGGACCAGGGCAUCCUCCUCCGGUCGGAGCUGCCGCCACUCGAGAGCAAGGAGGCCGAGGUGCUGGGGCAAUACUUUGACGAGAUCAAUGCCCAGGGGAAGUCAUGGAGCGGAGUUGAGAGGGAAGAGCCUCACAGGUUUCGGAUCAGGACACUGGGAAGGUCAUUUAUUUUCCCGCCUCGACGAGCUCGACUCCCCGAAGAUACCGAGCCGCUCAAUGUGGCGCCUACGUUGCACUCGCCGUUCUCGCCCCUGAGCCCGGUGUCGACGCUGUAUCCCGACGGACUCAUCGAUGCGCAAUGGAUCAAGAAGCACCAGGAACUGGUGCCAAGCGUUUACCUCUGCUUCUAUACCCUCAUAAGCGACCCGACAUCAACAACGCUCCAUGACAACCAUAUCAAAGCCGAUAUCAACAAUCUUAAAAGCGCGCUCGCAAGAUCGGGAUACAAGACUCGACUAGCCGUGGUUCUGCUUGGCGAGAGCGGAGCGCCUCUUUCCUUGACGGAUGGGAUUGCAGAGAGGCUGGAGAACAUUCGAAGGGGAACCGCGAUGGAUCCGAAAUCAGUUUUCUACAUUCCACCCCAGGAAUCGCCGAGUGAGCUAAAGGGCGUCAUCGACAGCAUUCUUGGCGUCCUGUAUACCUCGGCGGUGGAGUACUAUCGCGAUCUUGGACGGCAUGCUAGGAAGAAGCGGUCCCGUGGCAUUGCUCCUCAACCAACGGUACCGCCUACGUCUGGGACAUCGCAAACAUUAUCGCUUUCGGACUGGAACUUUCGAUACGACUUCAAGUCUGCCGUCUUCGCCGAGUUUCGACAGGAGACGGAUGCUGCGUUGCGAUCCUUUGAGCAGGCCUACGAAGUGCUUCUAGGUCAAGAUGUGCUAGAUAUUAUUCCUAGCUGGAGUCCACGCUGGAACGAAGCCCGGUUGUUGUCUGAUAUUGUUGCUAUUCGAUGCCUGCGAUGUCAUAUGUGGAUGGGUCAGACGACACUAGCAGUUCGACGCUGGCAGUCCCAUAGAGACCGCAUUAGUGACUUUGUUGAUCGGCGCGGACGAGGGACGAACAACUAUGGAUGGCAAGCCUGGGAAGCACGGUGGGCGAUAGUUAUGGCCAACCUAAUCGAGAAGGUCGGAGUGCCAAGCCUAGCUCCUGCGACGAUGACUCUCUUCCUUCAACCGGAGAAGGCUGUCCUAGGCGAGCGAUUACAACCUUGGGAAUUGCUGCACCAUACCGGUUAUUGGUAUCGUAUAGCAGCCCGCCAUACUGUGGCUCGCCGGAGAUUGGCAUUCGACAUGCCCGAGGAAGACAGAAAUCCGCCCGAUGCUACGCCUGCGUCGCUGGUGGCGAGCAAGGCAUAUACCUACGACACGUACAUGUGUCCAGAACCAUUCCAAGAGUACCCUGUGUCUGGAAGUGGAGUGAACCACUCUCAGCUAAUCAUCGACUGUCUCGAGAAGGCAACCGCGCAAUAUCAAGCCCGCAAGCAAGUGCGCAUCGCAGCCGAGAUAUCAUUAGAUUGUACCAGGGAAAUGGCCAACCUAGAGCGGUGGGAUGAUGCAGCCGAGUUGCUUCGACCACUUUGGGAGGACAUGUCUUUUAGGUCCGAAGGCUGGGGCGAUAUCUCAGAGGAACUGUGUUGGGUCAUGCGAAGAGCUGCUGCAGGAGCGGGCCGUGCAGACUUGGUAGUUGCUGCUGACUGGGAACUAAUGAACAACCAGUUCCACCGGCGGCCUCAAUGGAGUUAUGACAUCAGGAGAUCCUUGGAAGGAGUCACUACCCCAUCCACACCAUCGAUUAGCCUGUCGGACGACACUACGAGGUCAUUCAUCUCAGCAUCACUCGUCUUCCGGAAUAAGGAGGGCAAGGCGGGUGAAACGUGCAGUGCACAGCUUGCCCUCACAUCACAUACUUUCCUCGACGCCGCUCCAUUGUCGCUCGACUCGUUGAAGGUAGAAUUCAAUGGCAACUUGAAGCCCAUCUUGCUUGAGCAAGCGUCGGCAGAAGAUGAUAAGCCAUUAACCCACUCUGGGGUUUCUAUCUCUUCAAUAACACUAAAGGAGGACUUUGAAGAUGACUCGGAGGAUGAACUGCCAUCACUGCUCACCGGAGAAGCUGACUUGACACUCAAACCCGGCCAGACCCGGGUGUUUGAGAUGAAGAUACCCCUCAGGGAACCGGGGAUGGCUACGGCAUCUUCGGUAGUUCUAUACCACAAGAACGAGGCUUUCAGCCUGGACUAUACAUUGAGAUUCCGGGAUACGGAUCGAAUCGUCGGGUGGUAUGUUGAAGGAUCGGCAAGACCUAGACAUGCCCGGCCACAAGCACACACAAUUCAGAUCCAGCCUCGACCGCCCAAGAUGGAGGUUAAGCUGGUAGAGCCAUUGGGACAGUACUACGCAAACGAGCCGAUCGAGCUACAGAUUGAGUUGCUCAACGCUGAGGACGAAUCAGCUAGCGUGAAGCUGGAUGUGCAUCUAUUCGGCAAGGAUGUUCCUGCAGUCCGAGUAUUGGCAGAAGGUCACGAAGGGGCCGCCGAAGCUGCGGAGGCGGAGUCCAAGAUAUCAGGGCUCGUUCUCGGGUCCGUCAAGAGCACCUCCUCGUUCAAGGUGGUAGUCAACCUCGAACCGGCAAAGGCUCCUACUACGCUUGACCUACACUUGAGGGCGUCGUACCACCUUGCGUCUGAUUCUGCAACCUCCAUCAUGCAGACACUGCCGAUUCAGUUGAAUGUGGUCAAUGCAUUUGAGGCAAACUACGACUUGGUUCCACGACUACACCCGGAGCCUUGGCCCAGCUUGUUUGACUACGAGGGACUUCUGGAGGCGCAUGAGGGCAACACCGUUGCUGCCGCCAAGGGUUUCGCGCAAAAAUGGUGCUUGUUGUGUCACUAUGCGUCAUUUGCACAGGAAGACUUGAAGGUGGUCGAAAUGGAGUUGGAGGUACUCUCGUGCGUGGGCGGCGCAAGAUGCAACGUAGUCCAAAGGCCCAGCGUGUUGCAAGACGGAGUCCUCGUUGCACCUAAGACGUUGCAUGAGGCACAGUUCGAUCUGGUGGCCCAGAAACUCAGCCUGGACGAUCGACAACCCGUCACACUGGACCUGGCGUUUGUCAUCCAAUGGCAGCGAAAGAGCCGACCCGAUGGGGUGGUCAACACUACGAAGAUGCCAGUCGGGAAAUACCUAGUGUUGGGCACGGAGCCGCGGGUGCUAGCAUCGGUGUACCACAGCUCAGGGGACAACCCUAGUCUGGUGCAGCUAGAUGUGACGAUUGAGAACCCGUCAAACCACUUCCUGACAUUUGGGUUGACGAUGGAGCCCAGUGACCAGUUUGCCUUCUCGGGGUCGAAGCAGACGACAUUGAACCUGCUCCCUCAGUCGCGGCGGAGAACUACGUACCGGAUGCUGCCGCUGGUGAACGGAACGUGGGUGCGACCGGGGCUAACGGUGCGCGACAAGUAUUUCCAGAAGGUUUUGCGGAUCAUCCCGACAGAGGGGAUGAAGAUUGAUAAAGAUGGGCUGCUGAUAUGGGUACCGGGGCAGAUGGCUGAGGGCAAGGACGGGAAUGGGGGAGCUGAUGAGGAUACAGAAACGAAAGGGGAAACUACGUGA